AUGGCACCACCCUAUAGAGCCGACCACAUUGGGUCACUCCUACGACCUCAAGCACUCCUAGAGGCACGUUCUGGACUUUCCUCAGCGUCGCAAAUUUACAACAAAGAAGUCCCUAAUGGGGUAAAAGCAGCGGAAGCAAAGGCUGUCAAGGAAGUUGUCGAGCUGCAGAAGAGCAAGGGAGUCAGGCCCAUCACCGACGGUGAAUACACCCGUCACAUCUAUUACGGAGGGUUCUUCGAAAACCUAUCAGGCUUUGAGAUCAAUCCCGAGCUCCCAAUUCCAGAUGCAUUCCGUACCAACUUCCCUACAACCACCGGCCUGGCGAAGAUGGGCGCCAAGACUAGAGCGGUUGUGAAAUGCACUGGAAAGAUUGAGUAUCAAGAGUCUCCCUACCUCCCUGAAUGGAUUGCGCUGCGAGACACGUUGCCAAAGUCCCAGUGGGGAGAGGCAAAGCUAACUAUGCCGACGCCGAACUACCAGCAUAUUCAGUUGAAGCCGGGGACAGCUUUCACAGCCGGCUCUGGCUACAAGUCCGACGAGGAGUAUUUUAGUGAUCUCGCCAAGUGCUACGCAGCCGAGUUGCAGACGCUUUACGAUGCGGGCCUGCGUAAUCUUCAAAUUGAUGAUCCUCAUCUUACCUACUUCUGCUCAUCCCAGUUCCUCGAUGGAUGUAAGACGGACGGCACGGAUACUGACGAGCUGUUGGAUCUGUACAUUCGCACACACAACCAGCUUCUAGCUAAGAAGCCUGCUGAUCUCCAUGUCGGCGUCCAUCUUUGUCGUGGGAACAUGGCCGGUUCUACCAACUGGGUGUCCGGCUCGUAUGAAAAUAUAGCAGAUAAGCUCUUCAAUCAGACUGCCUACCAAACAUACUACUUGGAGUUCGACGACUCGGAGCGCGAUGGCGGAUUCGAACCCCUCCGUUUCCUACCCAAGGGCAAAAACGUUGUCUUAGGUCUGGUGUCAACCAAGAAAGCAGAACUUGAAGACCGCAACACUAUUAAAGCCAGUAUCACCAAGGCUGCAAAGAUCAUUGCCGAAGCGCAAGGUGUCACUGUGGAAGAAGCGUUGGGUUCUCUUGCGUUAAGCCCACAAUGCGGGUUUAGUAGCAGUAGCUUGGCUGGUGGCAAAGGAAUGACUAUGGACAAGAUGUGGGAGAAGCUUCAACUUGUUAAGGAAGUGGCGCAAGAAGUGUGGGCGGAAUAA